CUCUUUUCCUCACAGAUUCUCUCCUUAGCAGUAGCUUUCAUACAACAUACCAAAGUCAGUUAGAUGCCCUAAUAGCUCUCUCCUUGUGAUUUACCAAAUUAUAUAUCUCUUCCUCCUAUAUAUCAUUUCUCCCUCUCUAUCCCAGACUCUUCAAUAAAACUUCUCCCACCCAUAAUAAGCUAAGAGAGCUUCUUCUUCUUCUUCGUCUUUGAUCGAUCUAACAUGGAGCUAGCUCAUCAGUACUUGAUGUCGAUGAAGCGGAGAGGACUUCUGAGACCGCCACAGCUGUGUGGUAACUUCUCGUGGGAGGAGAAGGCUUUUGCAGAUGAUACCUCCGGGGUCCUCGGGGGGAUCGUUUGGCCCCCAAGGUCUUACUCGUGUAGCUUCUGCAACCGAGAGUUUCGAUCGGCUCAAGCUCUGGGAGGUCACAUGAAUGUCCAUAGAAGGGAUAGAGCUAGGCUUAAGCAGUCCCUCAUCACCACCACCACGACCUCCUCCGCUGCUACUCCCGGUGAAGUGCAAAUUCUUCAACAUCAAAGCCGCCCCAACUUUUCUAGUCCUUUGCAGCUUCCAAUUCGAACCAGGGUUUCACCUGUGUCAAGCUCUAAGGAGAACAACGGUGAUGGCAGUUGUAUUCCUUGUCCGAACGAUCCUUUGAUGGCUCGAAAGGGAUCAUUUGAUCUUCUCUUGAGGAAGGAAGAGCCAACAUGUUUCGAUCAUGGUUCUGAUGACACUACCCUAUCUGUCGGGCUGAAUGAUACAGUCAUGGGGCCUCGGGCCUUUGGACACAAUGGGGAGAUGAGCUUCAAGAAGCCUAAGACUAGUACUUCAUCGCCAUUGGCUCUCUAUCUCAGGCCAUGCUCAAGUGACCGUAGCUGUUCUCUGCAGUCAUCGACCGGGCUAAAGGUUGGCUCGGUGGAGGACCUUGAUCUUGAGCUCAGGCUUGGCGAUCCACGAAAGGUGAAGUAGAGAACCGGCCCUCGAAAGGGAUGAGUAGGAGGGACAACUUUUAACUAGCUAUAUGCACGACAUAUAUGUUGAUUUGGUCCAGUUGAUCCAAUCUAACAUAGAAUUCUACAUAUUCUUCCUACUUUCUACGUCGUAUUUUUCCGUUUAUCUUCGAUUAAUCCUUCGGUUGAUAGGAGAAAUUUAGGCUUCAAUGUCGUGUAUGCAUAUCUUGACAUCUCAUGAGUGAUGGAAAAGAAAAGCUCAUCAAUCUUUCAAGGUGUUUCUCUCUGUU